GAUCCAACUUUCCCCUUCACAACCUGUCCUUCUCUUCCCCAAAAAACAUCUACUACUCCUUAUCCUCCCGUCACCAUGGACCCGACCAAAGCCCAGACCACAGCGACUUUUGCCCACCUCAAAGCUCAGAAAGCAAACAAGCAAUGCUUUGACUGUCACGCUAAAAAUCCGACUUGGUCAUCCGUCACAUUUGGUAUCUAUCUCUGUCUCGACUGUUCCUCGGUCCAUCGUAACCUGGGAGUCCACAUCUCCUUCGUACGCUCCACCAAUCUUGACUCUUGGUCUAUUCAACAACUUCGCACAUUGAAGGUUGGAGGUAACGCCAGCUGUGCGGAGUUCUUCAACAAAAAUGGGGGAGGUAAUCUACUGGCUCCGCAGAGCACGGAUGCGAGGGCAAGAUAUACGAGCAGGAUCGCCAGUUUGUAUAAGGAGGAACUUGCGAAGAGGACUCAAGAUGAUGCUGCGCGAUACCCACAUGGCAUUCACAUCGACGGCCUCGAGCUCACCCCGCUCGCGUCUCCCGCAAAGGCUGCCGCCACAGACGACGACUUCUUUUCAUCAUGGGAUAAGCCAACAUCUAAGCCUGCUACCCCUGCCGCCUCUGCCCAAGCUGCCACUGUCCCCUCUAUCGGACUUACCCGUGCUCCCGCUCCUCGCACGGUAACCUCCUCAUCCCUCCGAUCUUCCACUACCUCCGCCCCUUCCUCUCGCCCUGCGUCCGCCUCUCGUCUUUCUUCUUCCACAACCACAACCACCGGUGCCGCCCCGAAGGUUAGCAAGCUCGGUGCCAGUAAGCUCGGCGCUAAGAAGGCUGCUGCCCCUAUUGACUUCGAAGAGGCUCAGCGUAAGGCUCUCGAGGAAGAGGAGCGGGCCAAGCAGCUUUCAGCCGAGAAUAAGAAGAAGGAGGAAGAAGCUGCCAAAGCCGCCAGGGAGAGAGAGGCAGAGGAGGCGAAGAAGGCUAAAGCUGCUGCCGCUGCUGCUGCUAGUGCCAAUGCCAGUGUAGGAAGUAGCAGAUCGGGUACACCAGCGAACGGGGCUGCAAAAAAGAGUGUGGUUAACUCAGCGCCUGUGCCCGGCAGGCUGGGUUUCGGUCAGACGGUCGGCGUGGCUGCUCCUGCCCAGUCUAAGACUCGUGCUGCUGUAGCCGACGACGUCCGCACUGCCCGAGACAAGUUUGGCAACCAAAAAGGCAUCUCUUCCGAUAUGUACUUCGGCCGAGGCACAUACGACCCCAGCGCCGCCGCCGAGGCUCAAACCCGUCUUCGCGAUUUCCAAGGUGCCACUGCCAUUUCCUCCAACGCUUACUUUGGCCGUGAGGAAGAGAACGAAGAGGAAGGUGGUUUGGGUGGAGACGGCGGAAUGGGAGGUGACGACGCCAUUGCAGGACUUGAGAGGGGAAUUCGAGAUAUGGCAGAGAGAGUUUUGGCCAAUCCUGAGGUGCAGCAGUUUGGAGAUCAGAUCAGAGCUGGUGCGUUGAAGCUUUCCGAUUACCUGGCUUCUUUCGAGGGACGUUAAACAGUAUCUACUUCACACGUUCAUCUCCCUUUCUUGUUUCAUUUUCCAACACCUUUACACUUCUUACCUUUACCGAUUUGCGAUUAGAAGAUGAUUUGCCUCUUAUGUCGUUUUCCUUAUACCCAGAGCGUGUGCAGAUGCAGGUCUGUUGUGACAUACAAUUCUCAAAGGU